GGCUAAAUUUGUUCGUUGCGCCUUCCUAGACUAUACAUCUGCUUUCGACUCGGUCCCUAGGGACAUCUUAUUAAAUAAACUUGCUGCUAGUCAAACAGAAUGUUGGGCUGUUAACUGGUUGCAUUCCUAUUUCUCAGAUAGAAAGCAGUACACCGUAUAUAAAGGGAAGUCCUCCACUUCAUUGCCUACUGAAGCUGGUGUCCCUCAAGGUGCUGUUCUUUCUCCUUUUCUUUUUUCUUUCUUCUUGCACGACUUGCCUCACUCUGAUGAAAUAAACUUUGUGAAGUAUGCUGAUGAUUUAACGGUUUCAAUGGCUGUUAACUCCCAGCUAGAUUGUACUAAAAUAAAUAGCUUUCUAUCGGAAGUCAGCAAAUGGUCUGAGUCUAACGGUCUUAAACUGAAUCCUUCUAAGUGUCAAACUGUUGAUUUCAGCUUAAGAUGUAAACGACAGUUAAAAGAAGUCAUCGAUUCUCAUGACACUUGUAAAAUUGACGACAAUGAUAUUGGAAUCAAAUCAGAAAUUAAGUAUCUUGGACUCAUUCUCUCUUCUGAUCUCUCCUGGUCUUCCCAUGUCUUAGCAAUCUCCAGUAAAAUAUUCCGCUUGACAUUUUACAUUAAGAAGUUAAGACACUCGGGUAUAACUCAACCCCUCAUCCUACAGUUCGUAAACUCUUGCAUCCUACCUAUUCUUCUUUAUUGCUCACCCUUAUUCUUUCCUGGUUUGCUUAAAAAAGACUAUGUCACAAUUCGUAGAAUACUGAAGACUGUCAGUAGGGUGAGUGGUGUCCCAGUGGACCACAUAGUUAACGUCGUUGUCGAUAGGCACUUGACUUCGUGCAAUAAAUUUGCUAAAGGGAUUUUGUCUGACUUGGAGCAUCCGCUUUACCCUCAGCUUUCACCUUGCAUCUCCUCAGGUAGAACAAGGAGUAACUUCAGAAAACUGUAUGCUCGCACGUCUAAGUAUAAGAAUUCUAUGAUACCAUACUUGGCACGUAUUUUAUGUGAUGAAAAUAGUGUCAGGCAAGAAUUAACUAACCUUUUUCAUCUAGUAAAUAAACAAUUUCCUCCAUCCAUCCUUAUAUACCUUCAAGUUUUACUUUUAUUACUUCUAUUAUAUUUAUGGUCCUGUUACUUCUCUGUUUUACUCUCAUAAUUGCAAACACCAACUUAUCUCCAUGACGGCUGUAAUCUUUGUUUUUCCCCUCACCAUAUCAUGUAAAGAGAACAUUAUAUUCAAUAUUUUUAAACAUGUUAGGAUUUCUAUACCACAUUGCCAAUACUGUGUGACACAAGCCAACGGCAAUUUUCACUUGUAUUAUUAUUAUUAUUACCCUAGCUGUUAUCAUUAUUAUUGCUAUUUCCAUUUUAUAUGCUGCAUG